GUGCGGCGCUCGCCUCGCGCAGCUGAGAACGGACCAAUGAGGGACGCGCGUUUCGGAGGUUUUCCGCUUUCGCCGAAGUUCUUGACAGAUCCGACUUCGGCGACGGCUUGAAAGAAUUCAAGAUGGCUGCAACAGGAAACUAGCAAGGCCGAACUCUUCUGGAUUCCACUGUGCAUGAAGCUCUCCUGAGGUUGUGCUGUCUUAAGUGCUGCGUGUCCCGUCUCUUCCUGCCGCUCAUCAUGUCCUCCACCUCCUCCUCCUACUCCUCCUCAGGGGAGACUAGUCCGGAGGAUGUACCCCGAGGUGGGGGCACCAUCCGAGUCUACCUCCCCAACAAACAGAGGACAGUGGUGAAUGUUCGCCAAGGACAGACUGUGUACGAGAGUCUAGAUAAAGCGCUCAAAGUGAGAGGCCUGAGCCAAGACUGCUGUGCUGUAUUUCGCCUUCUAGAAGGUCGUAAGAGACUCACCGAUUGGGAGACAGACAUCACUCCACUGGUUGGAGAGGAGCUUCUAGUCGAGGUCCUGGAUGAUAUACCCCUCACCAUGCACAACUUUGUACGGAAAACCUUCUUCAAACUGGCUUAUUGUGAUUUUUGCCACAAGUUUCUUUUUAACGGCUUCAGAUGUCAGACAUGUGGCUACAAAUUCCACCAGCACUGCAGCAGCAAGGUUCCCACUGUGUGCGUGGACAUGGACACAGUGACCAAACGGAAUGAUACUAAUCCCUGCACAGAUGAGUACCCACGGAUACUAUUACCAGAAAAUUCCCCAUCGCAGAGCAACCUAGCCUUAACCCCAGAGCCUGCUGGGACGGACCUCCUGUCCCCGACCUCGGCGUUUCAUUUCCCCAUGCCGAGUGGGGAGGGCCAGUCCCUGCAGAGGCACCGCUCCACCUCCACUCCCAACGUGCACAUGGUCAGCACGGUGGGGCCAGCUGGUACCAGCAUCAUCGAGGAAGCGCUGAAAUCCAACAACAUAUUGGGUCCUGAACCGUCACCAAAACCUUCCACCAGCCCGCCGUCUUCACUCGGCUCCCCGGGGAGGAGACCGCCAAAGUCUCCCUCAGAGCACAAGGAGCGCAAGCCGUCCUCCUCUGACGACAAAAAGAAAGUGCACCGAGGGGGCUACAGAGACUCCAGCUACUACUGGGAGGUCCACUCUCGAGAAGUCACCAUCCAGAAGAGAAUCGGUGCCGGCUCCUUUGGAACGGUCUUCAAGGGCAAGUGGCACGGAGACGUGGCCAUCAAGAUCCUUAAAGUCACCGAGCCAACCCCCGAACAGCUGCAGGCCUUCAAGAAUGAAAUGCAGGUGUUAAGGAAGACUCGCCACGUCAACAUCCUGCUGUUCAUGGGCUACAUGACGAAGCCCAACUUUGCCAUCAUCACCCAGUGGUGUGAAGGCAGCAGCCUGUACCGCCACCUGCAUGUCACAGAAACCAAGUUUGACACUAUGCGGCGCAUCGAUGUGGCCCGACAGACGGCGCAGGGCAUGGAUUAUCUUCACGCAAAGAACAUAAUUCAUCGAGACCUGAAAUCAAACAAUAUCUUUCUCCACGAGGGCUGGACUGUGAAGAUCGGAGACUUUGGCUUGGCCACGGUGAAGUCUCGGUGGAGCGGCUCUCAGCAGGUGGAGCAGCCCAGUGGCUCCAUCCUGUGGAUGGCUCCCGAGGUGAUCCGAAUGCAGGACAGCAACCCCUACACGUUCCAGUCGGAUGUGUACGGAUAUGGAGUGGUCCUGUUUGAGCUGAUGUCGGGGACUCUGCCUUACUGCAACAUCAACAACAGAGACCAGAUAAUCUUUAUGGUCGGACGCGGCUACUUGUCUCCGGACCUCAGUAAGCUCUUCUGCACCUCGCCCAAGUCCAUGAAGAGGCUCAUCGUUGACUGUCUGAAGUUCAAACGAGACGAGAGGCCCCUGUUCCCCCAGAUCCUUGUGGCCAUCGAGCAGGUUCAAGACCUGCUGCCAAAAAUCGAGCGGAGUCGCUCUGAGCCGUCGCUCCAUCGGGCCGUCCACGCCGAGGACCUGAACCCCCUCCUGUUCCACACCACCAGGCUGAUGCCCCUUUAGGCACGGCCCGUCUAACCCACAGAGACCACGAGCCCCCCGCCCCCGCCCCCCCGCGCCCUGCGGCUGUAGCACUCAGUAAAACUCACUGUAACGCAUUCCUUCGUCUCUCUGGUGAAUCCUCUGUUCCACAAAGACCUUCUCAUUAGGGGAAAGCAGUGUCUCUGGAAGGACCUUUCAGAUGUCUGUAGGAAAAGGUCAACGCGGACGCUGCCAGUUUCAGUAGUAACGUAGUCUUACUCGGCCCUUUUUAAAGGAGGACUGUAAUAUAUUUGAAGCAACAACACAUCAACGUUCGGCCCGUUGUUACCGCGGCGACGGCUGCUGUGCACGUUGGCUUUAUAGGGAGUUGGAGGCGGCGGUCCAAACGUCGACAUUGGAAUUCUAAAUUCGAAUACUUGUUCCAACUAGAGUCCAAUAGUGUCUCCAGUGUGCGUUUCCAAAAAGUCCAGAUCUAUUGAAAAAUACUUAGAAAAAGCAAAACUGUUGUCUGAAAGAGCACUUGGCAAGUCGAGGAGGAGCCGUUCACCCUGCAGGGCUCAUUGUUUUCACAGUAACUGUCACGCUGCAUACAGGAUUACAGUGUUAGCACUUUGACAGCAGGGUUGCUCUCAUAAGUUAUCAUUCUGAUUCCAAAAAUACAAGAUUUCAACAUAUAGUUAUAUAACAAGUGUACAUCUAGAUUUUUUUAUUUUUUUUCAAUUGAGAAAAACGCUUUAAACUUCCAGCCGCUCACACGGAGCAGAAUAUUCAGAUGCUGUGGUGAGCAGAUGGAUGUGUACGUGUAAGAGGCUGCAGGGACGCUCAGUGGACUCAAAUGGUCCCUGUGCUGGUCAACAAAGCAAGGUACGCUCUGAGAGGUUUAGUCCCCCAGCCUGUCCGGUCCUCCCCCAGAAUGUCCGCGGCCUCCAGGUCACCAGGGGACAGCUGAGGCGGCUUAAUAGGUGUGUGUGUGUGUGUGUGUGUGUGUGUGUGUGUGUAACUGACUGGCCGUAGUAACUUAAUGAGUCUUAAUGCAAGUGGUGUAUUGCUGCUCCAGAGAGGACACCCUCAUGUCCCUCAUGUCCCUCAUGUCCCGUGGCACACGGCUCCUUUGUGGUCUUUAAAGUGUAUUCAAACACCUCCACUGAGAGAUGUGGCGUCACACAGGACUGUAGCUGUCGGACAUGGAGGACGCUGAGGAGCCUGUUGAGAUGAGGUCCUCCAGACACACUGUGGGAGGUGUGAGAAGUGGAGUGUUCCCUCCAGGUGGCCCGGGCUGUAUGUGGAGGGGGGGCACAAAGCUCCAGAGGAUGCUAAAAGCGCUGUGAGUCCAGACGAGUCCGUAACGAAGCCUUAAGCCUUUUUAAUCGAUGGGGUCAUGAAAGUAGUCCCACGGAGCAGCCCGGUCCCCCGAUGCGAUGCGUGCCGGAGCCUCCUUCACUGGAACCAGCUGCUUUCAUCCUCUGGGAUGUGUGGCGGUCUGAACGGAGUGCGCUUUGUGUGGCUCCAGGUUGGGAAGCGGUUCCUCGCUGACGUGCUGUUGUCUCGCGUGUAGUUUCUGUAGCUCACUCGCGUGUGUGUGUGUGUGUGUGCAACGCGUUUUCUUUCCAGGAUUUAACAGUAACAAGCCUUUUCUCUUCAUGAAUGUAGGUUGCCUUCUAUCUUUCUCUGGCAUAACUGGUAAUCAUGGAAGUAUUUGAUACUACUGAGUCACCUGGUCUUUAGCGUGUGAGGGGGGUGUUCUGUGAACCGGCCUUGCUUCUCUGUAUAUAACACAGGUAGACCUGGAUACGUCAGCGUGGUGACAAGGGGGCUGGGUUCCCUUCCUGUCACUCAUUCCAGUCCAUUAGGUGGGUUUGUGAACUAGGGUUUGGAAAUAUUUUCUUUCUGUCUUUCUCUUAUUUAUUGAUGUCUUUGCGGAUGUUCUCCAGUAAACGUUUACAGAGAGACAUCGCUCUUUGCAACACUGACGUCAUCGGUGGACGCUCCGCUCCUCCAAUGACUUGUGUCCCCGUGCCGUCCCCUGCAGGUGCAUUUGCAGUGGCCUGUCUUUAAACAUCUCCAGCACAAACUAGGUAUCGGACCUGUUAGCAAUACUUUGUUCAGGGUUUCACUACAACAGCGUUUGUUAUUGGUAACACAAACUCCUGAUAUCUGCUUGAGCCUGUCCAGGGAUAUUUCUGUGUAGCUUCUAAGUAUUUGAUCGGGCUGAAUGAAAGAACUCUACCUUCUCUAAGUGGGCUGCUCUUCAUAGGAUUUCAGCUAAAUGCUUUGUUGGAUCAGGUUUCCCUGCGAGGGGUCGGCUAUUUCCCAGUUCAGAAAGGACAUCGGAUCCUUCCGGCUCUGCUUAGUGAGGGUGGUCUCUUCCAAAGAGGACUGUGUUCAUCUAAAAGAGGAAGGAACCAAUGCAACAGUUACUGGGGAUCCAUCGGAAUGGACCUGAACCGCUUUGUGUCACGUUCACGGUGACGCGCUGGGGGACCAGACUCAGAAGAGGAUGAGAGCGCUGUAUCAGUAGUUUGUGCUUUCAUAUCUCUAGGGGAAUUGAAAUACGUGUUUAGUUUCUGAGGUGUCAGGGUGUUCAGUCGGCAAUAAAUGAUAUAUUCUGUGUACAGUUACAUUUCUUUUUUUUUUUUAAUUACAAAAAUUGUACUUGUCUAUUUUUUUGUGUGAUGGUUUCAAAAAGAACAAAAUUAUUUUAAUGUGUAAAGGAAAUCUUAGUAUUUUUUUAGGGUUUUUUGUCUUAAAAUAUUGAUGCAGGAUUUAUUCUUUAAAUAAAGACAUUCAUCUGUG